AUGGUGAGAAAAUACGAAAGGAUAAGCGGACGCCAAUCGUGGAGCGAAGAAGAAAUGGCGAAAGCCGUCGCUGCCGUGGUGUCAGGUAAGAUGGGAUACAAACUGGCUGCCAGAACGUUCCACAUACCACGGUCCACCCUCCAGAGACGUGCAAGUAAAGUACGCUACCAGCAACCGGAUGAUCCUAAACCUCUAAUGGGGCAUUAUAGAAGAGUAUUCACUGACAGUCAAGAGAAAGAUUUAGUUGGAUAUAUAAAGAGUAUGGAACAGUUCUUCAUGGGUGUCACAAGAAGGGAUAUAAGGGAACUGGCAUUCCAAUACGCCGAAGAUAAUCACCUGAAUCAUCCUUUUGAUGUAAACGCGAGAAUGGCCGGAGAAGACUGGGUUCGAAACUUCUUAAAAAGAAAUCCUGAAUUGCUUAACAAGCCAGAUAAAGAGUUCGAACUCGAGCCUGUUAACUUCGAUCAGUUCUAUCACUUCAUGUGUCAAUCAUGA